AUGUCUUUAACCGCAGCUUGCGUCCCUGAAGUCUUUUCCCCAAUCGUUUUCGGAUCCGAAAUCCUGACCCUCCAAGCUUCUCCAGUCACCAAUUACAGCGCCCGAGUCCCUAGCGCAUACCGAUUCACACAACCUUCGAUUAGCGUUGAAAACGCCACUUUCUGCAACAUAACCGUAACCUACACGCACCCAGGACAGAACGACACGAUAAAUGUAGAAGCAUGGCUUCCCGUCGACAACUGGAACGGGCGUUUUCAAGCGGUCGGUGGCGGUGGAUGGGUCGCUGGCCGCUUCUUCCUUUCCUAUAGUGCAAUGGCUGGGGCUAUGGGGGAUGGGUACGCUACUAUUACCACUGACGCUGGAUUGGGAAAUGCGACAGAUCCAAGUCCUUGGGCACUAUUGAGUCCUGGAAAUGUUGACUUGUAUAAGUUGCAAGAUCUUGCAUCUGUGAGUUUGAAUGACGAGGCAAUCAUUGGGAAGUCCUUGAUCCAAAGCUUUUAUGGAAAACCACCAUCUUAUUCCUACUGGAACGGAUGUUCUCAAGGUGGCCGGCAAGGACUCAUGCUUGCCCAGCGAUACCCGACAGCAUACGACGGCAUAGCUGCUGGCGCUCCAGCGAUUUACUGGUCGGAAUUGGUAUUUACGACUUUCUGGACCCAGCAAUACAUGGCUAUGAUAAACGAGUACCCCUACGGCUGUGAGAUCGAUGCUAUUACGGCUGCAGCAAUUGCGAAAUGCGACGGCUUUGACGGUGUCGUAGAUGGUAUUGUCGCCGACGUCGAGGAAUGUGCCGCAAAUUUCGAUCCAUUCGAUCUCAUUGGUAAAGUGAUCGACUGUGCACAAACGAAUACAACGAUGCAGAUCAGUGCUGCUGCUGCCAAGGUAGCCAAUGCAACAUGGGAAGGCAUUGUGUCAACAACGGGAAGACGUCUUUGGCACGGUCUUAACCUUGAUGCUGAUCUCACCGGCGACUCUUCGUCGUCUUUCAAUCCGACUGGUCUGGCUGCUACCAAAUGUAGUAACGGAACUUGUGUCCCAGUAGCAAAUAAUUUGGGAUCUUUAUGGUUGCAACUGUUUGUCGAAAAGCAGCCAGACUUCGAUCUUUCCAAUAUUUCUCAUCAGAAGUUCGUUGAUAUGCUUCACGAUAGUAAGCAGCAGUACGAUUCCAUCACGGCAACCAGCGACCCUGAUCUUUCAACAUUCAAGCGGGCAGGAGGCAAAUUGUUGACAUUCCACGGAUUGGCCGAUAAUAUCAUAACCCCCAAGAGCACCGAGCAAUACUAUCGAGAGGUUUCCGAGCGGUUCCUUGACGUUCGAGAUUUCUAUCGCCAUUAUCCUGUCCCUGGUCUCGGCCAUUGCUUUGGUGGAACAGGAGGCCAGCCUCUUUCUCUAUUCGAUCAGCUUCGCGCUUGGGUUGAGAAUGGCACUGCACCUGAAAGCUCCCCAAUGUCAUUUCCCGGCCCUAAUGGCAAAGUCCAGCAGCGAAUCCUCUGUCCGCUCCCACAAAAAGCAAAGUACGAUUCGGGCUGUAGGGAUCCCGCAAAGGUGGAGUGUUGGUCUUGUAUUGCUCCUAGAAAUGAGGACUCUUCCCCCGUUACAGAGUUGUGA